AUGAAGAUCCAUGAAAAAAUUCUAAUGCACUAUCUGUCCUGCACUUCACCUGUUGAUAAGGAGGGAUACCUCUACAAAAAGAGAGAGAAGAGCACUGUUUUUCUGCGCCGCUGGUUUGUGCUGAAGGGGAACCUGCUGUUCUAUCAGGAACGUCCAGCGGAUCGAAACCUCUUGGGUGUAAUCAUUCUGGAGGGCUGUGUGGUGCAGAUAGGUGAUCUAGACAAGCAGUUCUGCUUCUCCCUCCAGUUCACUGGUCCUGGCCUGCGCACCUACCAGCUCGCCGCAGGUGACCUUCAGAAUCAGGAGAGCUGGGUCAACGCUCUGCUCUCUGCUAGUCAUGUCUACUUAUCUCUGCUACUGAAGGAACUCGGCAGAAUUUACAAAGAAGUCAAACAAGAGAAAGCUGAUUCCCACCGGCCCUCCACAGUGGCUGUGUCAUCUGAGAAAGCACUCAGCCAGUCCAUGUCUUCCUAUAAUUCAGGUCCCCCUUACUUCAUGCAGGGGGCAGCCACAGGAAGUCCAGAUGGGAGAGGCUUUAGUGCUAGUAAUGCAGUUCACAGUCCUCACAUGCAAAUCAUAACAGCCAGUAAAAGGUCUCCAAAGCUUUGGCCAAAGAGAAAUGCCCAUGUGACACCAAUGAAUGGACCCGCACCACCCUUUGGGGAGUGGCCACUGGUGGGCUCCGAUCCUCUGGAGGAUUUUGGUAGACUCCACGAGUUCUAUGGCAGGGAGGUACAGCAGCUACGUGCCGACUGGCUGAGGAUGAAACGGGAGGCGGAGGGGCACAUUGAGGAGGACCUAAUUGAUCUGGGUUAA